AUGCUGAACCUGGGUUCUUUGGCUGCUCUCACCAAGGCUAUAACCACUCGACAAAUAAAAAUGGCCAAAAUGGCUCCUUUAAGCAGUUCACUGUAUGACAAGCAAUAUCUACGCACAGCUCGACCAAAUGUGAGACUUCCAUCAGAAGAACCUAUAACUUUGAGGGAAGAAGUGCCGUGGCGGGACCCAUUAACGGCCAAGAUUUACAUCUUGGGGAUAAUUUUCUUUCCACAUUUUGCCGCCACUGAUCCUUCACCCAGCUUGUCUUACAAUUUUAGGAAUGUCAAAGAUGAGCUAUACGAGCAACCUGUCAACUUUAUGGGCCCGAAGAAGUCGCUGCAUGCCAAGGACGAGUCAACAGGUGCGGAACACACGGAAUCCAACACGGACUCUUGGACUCAAUUCGACUUCUCCAAGUUUGACUCUUAUUUAAAUAACUACAAUCAAGAAUCAGAGAAUCCAGACCACAACCGGAUCAAAAGACGAGCCAGAACAGUCCGAAAAUUUAACACCAUGCUUGGCCCUCAACUGCGGGAGCGACCCCACCACUACACCUAUCCAGAGCCGGUUAAAGAUAGAGUUAUGGAGUUCACCACCACGAGCAGACGACCUGGAAUCCUUCCAGAUCAGAUGAAUCCAGGAGUUAUUUUCAGAGUCCGGAUGUCGGAUGCUAUUUUGCGCAUCAAGCAGCGUAUGUACGAAGAUCCUGAAAGACAUAUUGAAGCUGACAUUAUUUACACAAAUUUAAUUAAAAAAGUUGUAAUGGACGAAAUCACAAAAUUCCACAAUCUUUUGCUUAUGUACAAGACGGAUAAAAGUAUAAAGGAGCAUCUGGGAGAAUGUGGUGGAAGAAUCUACAAGUUCAUCAGUUACAUGACUAUAAAGGUUCAUAUCUACUGUCUCUUUGAUGCACUCUGGAUCGAUGGAAACCCUUAUGUGAUAGGGGAUGAAUACUCCGUGACGCCAGUUGAGAUACCCCCCAUGUUGCAGUGUGAUGCAGCUGAAUGUAAUUCUAUAGUAUUCGUUGAUUCCAUAACUGAACCCAAAGAUGUUGAAGAAUAA